UGUGUCCCAUAUUCCCCCACCCUACUAUAUAGUUAAACGUGUGGGCGGUUCAUGCAUUGAAUAAAUCGAGUUAGGACUCAGAUAGGCACAUUUGAAAAUCGUCUAAAAUAUUCACCAUCGAGGUUAAUAUUUCUGGCACGGUAUGUUUGUUUGUUUUUGAUAGCGAUUUCUGAGAAUUUGAGCUUGAACGUGACAGUGAUUUUGGAUUUUUUUAAAGCCCAAAUAUACCGCAGCACUGAUUGUUGGUAUUAAAUCGUGUGGUAAAAAUAAAAUAACGCGUUGCCAUAUUUAUAAACGUAUAAAAGUGUUAGAAGAACCAAGGCAGACAACGUGUUGAUGUUGCGAAACACCAGCUUAAUUAAUCCUGACAGACUGGAUCGUCCAAAAGCCCUAAACACUGGACUCACAAAAAAAAAACGAUACCAAAUUCAAAAUUGCCAAUGAGUUACCACGGUCUCCCGCUCUCCCGUGUAUUACAAUCAUGGUUGCCUAUAAUCAAUGUAUUUUUUCCGCAGUACAACGCAAUGACCUUGAAUCGACACCUGUGCAGCUACCUCGAAACUUCGAUGUCAUGUCUUCGCAUGCCGUCGCCUCUCGCAAGUUUGUCGACUUCAAACCAAAGCGGCUACUGUCCCCAGAUGUGGUCGGUGGUAAACUGCUACCCACGCACCCCCUUUAACACGACCUUCGCGGCCCCAUGCGCCAGCAACUUUGGCACAACAACACAAGUUGGGGAAACGAAUUCUCCUAAAGGGAUCAUAGCCAUGCAUUGUAAUGCAACGCUUGGGGGGUGGAACGAACGGUCAAGUCUCCACACAUGCUUUAAUCGGUCAAGUGACAUGGAUGAUGACGUAGCAAGUAUCAGUAAUGUCACUCUACCACCUGACUAUACAUACGAUAUGCCCAACGACUAUUACUCCGACGACGACACGAAAGUGGACGACUACAACGCACGCUACGAAAUCCUAACGCGUUACGUGACAGUAGGGCAUGCAUUAUCGCUUGCAACCCUCCUCGUUGCGCUUGCUUUGCUUGCUUGCCUCAAAAAUAUUCAUUGUACACGGAUUUACAUCCACAUGAAUCUGAUGGCCGCGUUCAUGUUUCGAGGCCUGAUAUGGAUUCUGCACUCUGCAGCGUUUCGAGACCCGGACAUGCAUGGUGAGCAGGCGGACAGGGCGAUCAUGGAACUAUCGUCGAAACUAUUUCAGCGACAUUUCGCUGAAGACUUGCCAAAACUGGAAGACUGGAAAACAAAAUACUGCGAUAUAGAGUUCGAGACUGAUUAUAACUGGUGUCGACUCUACAAUGUCUUUCAAAUCUACUUCGUCACGGCGAAUUAUUUUUGGCUGCUGGUGGAAGGCUUGUAUCUCCGCCUGCUGCUGCGAGCGGUUCUAUUUUCGCACACCAAAUACAUGAAAGCGUUUCUGGUCUUAGGUUGGGGUUUACCGUGGUUGCCGGUCGUAGCAUAUUUUGUACCCAAAAGCCUUGACCCGGAAGAAAACCGAGAUUGUUGGUACGAAGAUAGAAAUAGCGCUUAUUGGUGGAUCGUGAAAGUUCCAAUACUUAUCUCAUUAUUAAUAAACUUCAUCAUAUUUGUAAACGUGGUUUGCGUUGUUGGAGCAAAACUUCGUGUAAAUCAACGUCAACAAGCAGACGACAGGCGAGAAGAUUACAAAUGGAGAUUGACGAAGUCUACCUUAUCCCUGAUUCCACUCCUUGGCACGCAGUAUCUCAUCACCGCAUUCGUUCAUUUUGACUCAGAGGAAAAUCCAACUGCCGAGUUUGUAAAGAAAGCGUUCGAGGUCUCGUUCGUCUCGAUACAGGGGUUACUGGUCGCAUUCAUAUACUGCUUCUUUAAUGGCGAGGUACAGGAAGAAUGCGGGAAGACUUGGAGACGAUGGAAGACUAGAUGGGAACUUGAGAGGAGAGAGCGGAAGCAUCACAGAAUGCAGAGAAGAAGGUCAAUGAACCACAGCAGCAUUACAAAUCUCUUUACUUCUGUGGUGACAAGGAAAUCGUCUCUGUAUACUGAUGUAUCAGGAGUUCACAAUGGGGACGUUCACUAUGGUGCCAUGCGUGUCAACAACGAAACUGUUUCAGAUCGCCAUACAUCGUCAAAUUCAUCCUACUUCCGACCACCGGUAAGCGGCGCUAAAGAAACACGUUAUUUAACCAACGGUGGGGAGAUUUACAUUCAAAUGAAACAAUUAAAUUCAAUGAAAGAAACAGACAUAACUGAUCAACAAACCAAAAACAAUGUUGUCGCAAAUGAAGAACAGAAUGGCACUAAUCAACCGUUAUUACGUCAUAAUGGGAAAUCUUUACAGCUAAGCGAAAACGACGAUAACAGAAAAUCAUCCAUCGUUUAAGAAGGUACUUUUACUUGUUGUAUAUAUUGUUUCACUUUUUUAAAGAAGGGAAACUUUAAGACGUCGUCACCGAAUUUUCGUGGCCUAAUAUUUCUUCACUGGUCUGCUAACUUUUGUUAUACUUUCUCCUUACCGAUAUAAGUAAGCACUGCCAUUUCUAGACAAAAUUUACGAUUUUUCUCGGUAGUUUGAAAAAAUUCCGAAACAAUACUCGUCGAAAAUGUUGCCACGAUACAACGUUCCUAGUUCCACAUAAGAACCGAGUAAAAUUUAAAGUUUUGUAACUUGUCAAACCAACUGCCACCACAUUACUUUUUCAUAUGCUGUUCUUUCGUUAUUAAGACUGAUAAACAUCAUUCUUCAAGGAUGUUUUACUGUUUUUUUUUUAUAAAUACUCUCCUUGUACAUGCUUAAUGUAUAGACUAUAUAGCCUACAACCCUAACUAAGUCUGUUGUUUCACAUUCUUUUACGAAUGUAAAGUUCCUACAGUUGCUGAAUGAAUCUCUUAAAUUCUAAUAGUUCCCUUUCCCGUAUUUUGACCUGAACUUACUGUAAAUCCGUUCUUAAUCGUGCAUGCACAUCAAUCAUGUAUAGAGACUUUCUAUCUAAUUAUUGAACGAACUGAAUUUUCUUAAAUAAGUUCUUGGAUCAGUUUCGUCUUUAAUGAAUUAGUCGAUUGCAUCUUUUCAGCUUGUGGUAUUAUAAGACUAAACAGCUUACGGGCUAUAGCCCACACAUAUUAAGCUUGUGUUCCUAUUCGUAAACUUUAAUUAUCGUAUAUAUCGUUUCACUUCAUUAUUUCCAUGUACCAUUUCACUUUCUCACUGUGAUGUACUUUGAUUUUUAUUAAAUGUACUGAAUUUCGAA